AUGCCUCAGUUAAUUGAGCAGUGGAGAUUGAAAUCUGCUGACGGUGUUUCCAUUGGGUUCAUUUCGAUCUGGUUUUUAGGUGAUGUUUUUAAUUUGAUUGGAGCACUCUGGGCUGGAUUAUUACCAGAAGUGAUAUUUUUGGCAGUUUGGUUCUGUAUUGCAGAUGCAAUGAUGAUAUUUUCGUAUUUCUACUAUACUCACAUGUAUCCAAAACAUCACAAGGUACACCAUCACGGACAUGAACACCACCACCACCACCAUGACCAUGAAAACAGCCAAGCACAGGGCCACGGAGAAGAUCACCAUCAUCAUGCUGAACAUGAACCAUUGUUAAGAAGAAGAAGAUCGUCUACCCUCACAGAUAUAGCAAUAGAACCUGAGUGCCAUAGCAUUUUCAUUAAAUACGUACUCCCAAUUUUUUUUGUGCUCGGUGCUGGUUGCUUAGGAUACUUCUUAUCGGAUUCUAAGGACCCAACGGAACCCGAUACUAAUAUCGAAAUGGGUCCCCAGAUAGUUGGGUAUUUAUCUGCCAUUUUAUAUUUAGGUGCAAGAAUCCCCCAAAUUAUCAGAAAUCAUCAAAGAAAAUCGGUCGAGGGCUUGAGUUUGCUUUUUUUCCUAUUUUCUACCCUUGGAAACUUGACGUAUGCUAGUCAAAUUCUCUUCUACAGAAGUGAUUCACAGUAUAUUGUUUUGAAUUUAAGUUGGUUAUUGGGCUCUCUUGGUACCAUUUUUGAAGACAGUUUUAUAUUCUUACAAUUUUACAUGUAUAAAGAUAACUUUGACAAGAAUGAAGGGGUGAAUUAG